AUGCGCACUGUCUCUGUUCGGGAGAUGGGUGGCUGUCGGGGUUUGGGCCGCAUCUGGGGUGGCUGGCGGCGGGGGCCGGGGGUCCACGCAGCGCCCGAGGCCGCAGGCUUUGGCACCGAAGCCGGACAUCAGCUGCGACGUCGAGGAUCCAGCAAACGGUCGGGGCCUCUGGGGGACCAGGCAUUCCCGGGGCUGCUGCAGCUAGAGAACCUCAGUCGGGAGGGGCUGGUUGAUGUGCUGAGGGCAGCCGUAGUGGACCGGAAAGGACCUCUCGUGACGCUGAAUAAGCCACCGGGUCUACCAGUGACAGGAAAACCAGGGGAGUUGACGUUGUUCUCGGUGCUGCCAGAGCUGAGCCAAUCCCUGGGGCUUAGAGAUCGGGAGCUCCAGGUUGUCCAAGCAUCUGGGAAAGAGACCUCUGGGCUUGUACUCCUCUCCAGCUGCCCUCAGACAGCAAGCCGCCUCCAGAAGUUCUUCAUCCACUCACGGAGAGCCCAGAGACCCACAGCCACCUACUGUGCUGUCACCGAUGGGGUCCCAGCUUCUCCUGAGGGGCAUAUCCAAGUCGCUCUGAAGCUGGAACACACUGAUGGCGUUGAUCUAGUGAUUCCAGUGAAGUCCCCAUCCCGAAAGGACUUCCAAGAAGGUGUCAAGAGGACCCUCAGCCACUUCCAUGUGGUGGCCAGGGGCGCUGGCUGUGCCCUGGUCCAGCUGCAGCCACUGACAGGUGAUCAUCUGCCUUCAUCGGUGGCUGGCUUUUUCUCCUGGUUCACCCCUUCACUGAAGAUACAGCCCUUCUAGGAUUUCAUCUGGGUACCAAGGUCUCAGCCCUGGCCCCUAGGUAGCUAUUUAAACCAAAGACCCCUGGAUACCAAGAUUUGCAGCAUCCCUAGAAUAGAUGAAACAUUGGCUCUUGUGUGCUGUGGAUUUGUUUUCCAUUGGUUUUGGUCUUGGGGACUUUACUUUCCUAUGCCUGGCUGCAUAUUUGAAAGAAUGAUUAUUAUAUUUUUCUGGUGUUUCCAGGUGGUUUAUAGAGAGUUUUUAGAUUAUCCAGUCCACCAUAUUGCCAGACAUGGAAACAGAGUACAGCUCCUGGGUUUGAAUCCCAGCCUGUGGUCCUGGGCAAGUCACUUCUUUUUGAGCUUCAGUUUUCUGUGUGUAAGAUGGGAAUGAUGAUAGGACCCGCCUUAUUGGGCUGCCAUGAGGAUUAAAUAAAUUUACAUAUGUGAAGCACUUUGUACCAUGCCUAGCACAUAGCCCCCCAUUCCUGUCUUUGUCAUGUUUCCCAAAAACCUGUUCAAAUUGGGGUAAGCCAAAAACAGGGAAUGUAUUGGCUCCCAUACCUUAAAGUUUAGGUGUCGUUAGAUCUAGAGGCUCAGAGGAUGUCCUCUGGAACUCUUUCUCCAUUUCUUUUUGCCUCCUGCAUGUUGGCUUUUCCCUCCCACAGGCUCUCCUCUGGGCAAGGUAGAGAUGGCCAGGGGCUCUGGCAGCUCUAGGCCUGCACCCCACCAGUUUAAUACCCUAGGAGGAAAAAGCAUUCCUUAUUUCCAGUAGCUUCAGCAGUAAAUUCGGGGUUGUAUCUCUUUAUGAGCGAAUCCCACAGGCCAGGUGGUUUGAUGGUUAUGACUGUGCUGAUCUGGUCUUGCACUUGGAGGCAGGGGCAGGAGCAUUGACCUCACUGAAACCACAUGCCUGGGGAAUGGGAGUGCGGUGGUGGUGUUUCCCCAGAGGAAAGGAGGAGGGAUAAUCCUGGGUGGGACAGAAAGAGCAGCUGCCCACCAUCUGUCCUGU